GCACCGUGCCAAGACACUUGCACACCAUGACAGUCCGAGGAGACGGGCCAUUGGACUCGGAUAUGUGUGCUCCAAGAGGCGCCAUGGGCUAAUUGCACCUGCGUCACGGCAGUGACAUUGCUGUGUGAGUGCAGCAGUAACACUGGGCCGCUCCUUGCCCGUGUACAUACAUAAACACAACACCCGCGCUCCUCCCCCACUUCACAUGCACCCUCACUCUCUCCUUCACCCACGAAUUCGAUUGCUCUCUAGCAGCUUCCACGCAGCUCAUCCGACUAUAAACAGCUCGCCCCCCCGCCCGCCAGCGCUCCCUCACGACACCUCACCCAACCGCUUUAUUCUCUGCAGCUGCAUCAAUUCAACCCCACAUAUUCAACCCAGCUCUACCACCAACAAUCCACUUACCGCCAUCACCAUGUUCGGCUUCAAGCUCCUCGCAGUGGCCGCGCUGGCCUGCGCUGUCGUCGCGACCGAUUCCGCUUGUGCUGCGCCUACCACUGUGACUGUCACCAUGACCGAGUGCGUCACGGCGCCUGUCAAUCCGCUUCCUACUCGCCCAGGCUCGCAUGUGCCGCCUGUUGCGCCUCCGCCUUCGUCGGUCGAGUCUACGGCCACUGCUCCCUUGAGCAGCAACCCGCCAGAGGCCCCUACCAACGUCAUGCCGCCUCCUCCUGGAGUGCCAUCUUCUGGUACCCCGGUUGCUCCUCCCAGCUCGGGUGCUCCUGUCGCUCCCUCCACUGGUGUGGCUCCUCAUUCGACUCCGUCUGUUACCGGCACGGUCCCGGCUCCCUCUUCUACGGCUGCCAACAACCGCCCGUCCCCGUCGACCAGCACCCCCGCGGUCAUCUCGACUGCCGCUGCUGCUCUCGCGACUCCCUACAUCAAGUUGGGCUCGCUCGUUGCCGCCGGUGCUGCAGCCAUGGCUGUCGCUGUCUAACGCACACACACACACACACACACACACACACACACACCAUCUCCGCGUCACGUUGAGGCGAGGUCCAUGUCGGUAGGAUAAGGCCUUGCAUCUGUGCUGCAACCAUGGCAGAUACACCUUCAUGGUACCAUCUCUGUAUUUGGAGGUUUCUUGGUGGACGGG